CUCCAAACCGUAUCACAGAUAGUUCUGUGAUGUUUCAUGCUCCAUUCAUUCAUUGUAUCCUAUCCCCAACAUCAACUGUAACUUCAAUCCUUAACCCCUAUUCAAGCCCCAUACUAGACUAAAGUAGACCGAUCCACUCGAGCCGCGGCCUGCCAUCGACGCCAUCACGUGACCCCUAUCUCCCCACAGCCUCCACAGCGUCAUCCCAUCCCGGGCACUCACUCUGCCUCACAUCAAACGACAAUCCCAACCGAAUACCAACCCUCCCAACCAACCCAGACCACCACCCCCUUACCUUCCACAACAGCCUCAUAAAACACCAACCCCUCCGAGAAACGAAACGAUACCCACCUCCCCAUCCCAUCGAGCAAAAUGGCCGAAGCCUACGAACGCGAACAACAGAAUAAUGCCCUUCUCAACUCCCUCUCGUCUAAAGUCUCCGCGCUGAAAUCAGUCACCAUUGAUAUUUAUGAUAAUGCAAGGGAUCAGGAGACGUUGGAUCAUUCGAAUCAAGUAUUCUCCUCCCUAUCCACGAACCUGAAAGGUAGUGCGAGUCGGUUAACUCGUAUGGCGAGACAAGGUGAUACGGUUGCGGUGUUGAAGGUUGCGGGGAUUGUGGUUACGGUUGGGCUGGUGUUUUGGAUUGUGUUGGGGUGGAUUUUUUGAUCUCUGCUUCCUCCUG